UUUGGGUACUAGAAGUGUUCCGCUCCCGCCCCGCUUUACAGCCCACCCUGGCUGCGUCCAGAAGAGGGUCGCUCAGAGAAGAUUCUAUAGAGUUUCGUGAGAGUCCCGCGCCAUCUGCUACGGGAUGUGCAGAUGGAGUCCGGAGAAGGUAGUGCUGUCCCAGACCCCGGGGGCGUGGAGGACUUGGUGGACACGCAGUUCCCCGUUGAGGAGGCUGGAGACAGUGAAGGGGUUCACUCGAGCACGCCGGAUCCCGGAGAUGGGGACCCGGAGGACACAGGAUCCAAGGCCAAGGACCAGGCAGCCAGUCUCCUACCACCUUUGCCUCCAGCUGAGGCCCCAUCAAGCACUGGUGAGCCCUGGAAAACUGCAGCUUCCGAUGACAAUCCUCCUGGAGAACCUGAGGGUAGUUCUGAGGACCAGGGAGAAGACCCCGUUGAUGGGGACCCCAAUGACGGGGACCCUAGUGAUGAGGACUGGCGCAGCCAAAGGAAGCACGUGUUUGUGCUGAGUGAGGCAGGCAAGCCGAUCUACUCACGGUAUGGUAGUGUGGAGGCCCUGUCUGCCACCAUGGGUGUGAUGACGGCCCUGGUGUCCUUCGUACAGAGUGCAGGAGAUGCCAUCCGAGCCAUCUACGCCGAGGACCACAAGCUGGUGUUCCUGCAGCAGGGUCCACUCCUGCUGGUGGCUGUGUCCCGGACUCCACAAUCGGCCGCGCAGUUACGGGGCGAGCUGCUGGCAGUGCACGCACAGAUUGUGAGCACACUCACACGUGCAAGUGUGGCCCGCAUCUUCGCACAUAAGCAGAACUAUGACCUCCGUCGUCUGCUGGCUGGCUCCGAGCGCACACUGGACCGGCUCCUGGACAGUGUGGAGCAAGACCCUGGUGCCCUGCUCCUGGGUGCUGUGCGCUGUGUGCCUCUGGCCCGUCCACUGCGGGAUGCCCUGGGUACACUUCUGCGGCGCUGUACAGCCCCGGGCCUGGCUCUGUCAGUGCUGGCUGUUGGCGGUCGACUGAUAACAGCAGCCCAGGAGAGGAAUGUGCUGGCUGAGUGCCGGCUGGACCCAGCUGAUCUGCAGCUGCUGCUUGACUGGGUGGGUGCGCCGGCCUUUGCAGCAGGUGAGGCAUGGGCACCUGUGUGCCUGCCUCGCUUCAACCCAGAUGGUUUCUUCUAUGCCUACGUGGCCCGCCUGGAUUCCAUGCCUGUCUGCCUGCUACUGCUUGGUACCAACCGGGAAGCUUUCCAUGCCAUGGCUGCCUGCAGGCGCUUGGUUGAAGAUGGAAUGCACCACCUUGGUGCCCUGCGUACCCUUGGGGAGGCUGCCAGCUUCUGUAACGGACCUGCAGCCAGUGCCCCUGCCUACAGUGUGCAGGCUGUGGGAGCACCUGGCCUCCGUCAUUUCCUCUAUAAACCACUGGACAUCCCUGACCAACACCGCCAGCUACCACAGUUUACCAGUCCUGAGCUAGAGGCCCCGUACAGCCGCGAGGAGGAGCGACAGCGACUGUCCGACCUGUAUCACCGCCUGCACGCUCGCCUCCAUAGCACCUCCCGGCCCUUGCGCCUCAUUUACCACGUGGCUGAGAAGGAGACGCUGCUGGCCUGGGUGACCUCCAAAUUUGAGCUCUAUACUUGCCUCAGCCCCCUGGUGACCAAGGCAGGUGCCAUCUUAGUGGUGACGAAGCUCCUGCGCUGGGUGAGGAAGGAAGAGGACCGGCUUUUCAUCCGUUACCCCCCCAAGUACUCCACACCGCCCUCCACCUCGGUGGACCAGGCCCCCAACAAUGGCUUGUUCUCUGGACUCUGAAUGACUGCCGAAGUCACCACAUUUGGCUUUUAAAUUCUGUCUCUGGAAAUGUGGGUAGAAAUCUGUGUGGGGCUGGUCCUGGGCAGGUGGGCAAGAUCUCAGGGUUUGCCCAUAACUGGGAGAAGGGGGACAGCAGCUAGGGGCACAGGUUGCUCUGCGAGCUCCCUUAUGCACUUCCACAUCUAGGAAAGUAAAAAACCUCCUUUGCCCUCUGCUUCACCCCGUUAACUCACCUGAAUGCCACCGUACCCUUUCCCAGCUCCCCCCUCCCAGCCUCUUCUAAGCAGCACAAGUUGCUCCAUGUCCAUCUUCCAAGCAGACCUGAGACUGGGCUGAGGCUGUCCUCAGGGUAGGGGUGAGUAACCCACAAGGGCUCAAGAAUUUGCAAUACAGGACUAGUCUAUGCUUGAAACCAGCCUAGAGCUGUUUAAAGAAAACUGCAGAAAGGGUCUAAAGUUGAAUCCCACAAGACAUUCCUCUGUCCUUCAUGCCCUUCUUUUUUCUCCAUCAUUUUCUCCUACUUUAAAAAAAAAAAAAAGCCAAGCCCGACCAAUUCAGGCUGUUUGUUACUUGUUACAUGAAUACUAAGGUUACCUCCAGUGUCUACCUGUGUAACACAUGCCACGUGACUUCACCCAGCGGCCGGGAUGCAGCUUUGCGAAGAUGCUCCUAACCCCCAAGGCUUCUACUCAAGAGAGAUAACUUUUUUUCAGCCCUUUCAAUGUGGACCGGACAGGGCUUGGAACUCUGUUGUGCUUCCCUUCAGCACGAACACAUUUGUUCUGGACGUUGGCUGCUUGUAGCAGCGAGAGCUUGCACGCACAACCCUCCUCAACAGCCCACGAUCUUGUUUCCCCAGCCUUGUUUAGCAUACGGCCCUGUGGUUGUGCGCAUGCGUGCCAUCAGUUGCGCUGCAGAUGUUCUGCGCUUGCUCAGAGCAGAUACCUACGUCGCCCCACCCCCCUGGUUUCCUACAAUCGCUGUAGCUGCACGUGCUGCUUUUCCCAGCCACUGUUUUUCCCCAUGCGCAGGUGCUCCACGUUGGGAAAUGGCUGCCGAGUGGCUGGGAGCUGAGGAGGCUGAGGACGCCGGAGGUAGUGAGGGCCCACAGGGUAGAAGGGAGAGAGGCUUUGGCCCAAUAUAAUAAUCGAGAGUAGUUUUUUUAGAAAAAAAAUGUUUUUAGCCUAUUGAGAUAUUUAACUUCCACAUAGUGGAAAUAAAUAACUUGAGUGUUCUCAUCACCUAGGUUAACUUGCCAACAUUAUUGACGUUAUUAAAUACUUCGGCAGUUCUUUUCAGCAUCCAUUACUAAGCAAAUCGGGAAGGGAUAGUAAUGUUCUCACAAAAACUGCCCUGUUGCUACAGCCUGCCUAGAUGAUUACUACAUGGACCGUUCAAGGCCCUUGAGAGUGGUUUUCUCACACUGUUUUCAGAUUUGUUUUGACUUAAGUAAUGAAGCUUCUCUCCUCAUUGGGGUCAAGGAGAUGGAGUUGAGCCUAGAAACUACUGGAAAUUGCAUUUCCUUCAGAAGAAAAUGUGUGUCACGGUAAAUCCACCAGAAGAGCGUUUUUGUUUUAAUUACAGAAAAUUCCCAAACAUUCUAAAGUAGAGAAAAUAGCAUGACCAGUGCCCCUGACCCUGCUUCAAUGGGUUCAAACGUUGUCUUCAUAUCUAUAUCCACCUUCCCAUCCUGACCGCCAGGUCUUUCACUGCAUGACAUACAUGGGAGGCGGCAUCUUGCUAUACUUGUCUAUUCAGAUUCCAAAACAAUGGGUGUGACCUUCAAGAACAACACCCGCAGUUUCCCUGGGCACCCAAAACACCUAAUUGGUACUUGGUACACAAUACUUUUUUUUCUUUUUUAAAUGGGUGGAUGAUGAACUCAUUCUAACAGAAUCUGUCUUAAAUUGUAGCCUCAUUUGGGUACUCAUUUUCAGAGAAGAAUAAAAAUCAGACAACAGUGAACCACACUUUAUUAAGAGGUUGAUACAGUGCCACAGGGAUUUAAAAUCUUAGCAUCAAACUUUCUAAUUCCUCAUGUUCAGUGAGGGACUUCACCGCCCCUGGAGGAAGUUGGAACGAAUAUCAGGUUAUGUUUCUUUGCCAUUACAUUGGGCUUAGGGGGCUCAUACUCGCACCAGUGGCAUCCAGGCCUUCUGGUGGAGGCUUAGGUUUUUAGCAGAUGCUCUUCCACAUCUGUAGCUUCCAUGCUAGGUAAUCACAGGUGAUUGACUACCCAAACACAUGGACCAAGGGCGGUCAAUUCAAUGGUCACUUACCGUCAGAGGCAGGGAUACAAGAAGUGGUCACAAAAAUGACCAAAUCUAGGGAGAGUCAUGUAGAUGGUAGAUUUUUUGAAAGAGGUGAAACGUAAUUUUCAGUUGAUAUGAUUGUUCAUUUAUAAAAGGUGGGCCCCAGAAGGUUGAUUUUUUAUUAAGUAGUUGGGGUUGUCAAGAACAGCUUCCUGGAAAGUCUCUGAGGUAAGCACACUUUGAUAACUGGUUAAGGGCCUUGGAUUUAGGGGAGGGGAGCAAAUUGAGGCCUCUUGUGAUUCAUUGUUUUAUUUAUCGCUUAGAAAACUAGGUAGUAAUAUAUCAUUUAAAGUUAAGAGGGAAAGGGAAAGUCGAGCAGCACCUGAGAAUUAUACAUUAGCAUCAGACCAAUGUUACCACCCAGGUUUUAACGGUUAUUGUGCAGUUACUUGGAGUCUCUGUAUAUAGGAAAUAUGCACUGGAGUAUUGAGUAUUAAUAGGUCAUACUGUCUGCAGCUUACAGAUGAAAAACACUCAAAGCAUAGUGGGGAUGAUAGAGUACCACAGCCUAUUUCUACGACUUUUGUGUACAUCUGAAAUAAUUUCAAAAUAAAAUGUUAAAAUGGGA